GGGGUCUCUCUCUCUCCCUCUCUCUCUUUCUCUCUAUGUCUUCGAAGUUUGGUGUCUGAGCUCCGCGCAGAGAAGUGGGUGAUCUCUGAGUUGGUGGUGAGCAUGGAAAAUCCCAGUGAAACAUUGCAAGUGAAGGAGAAUUCAGAAAAAAACAACAAUCACAUUGAUCCUAAAGGUCCCCCGGCUAAGAUCCCCCGCUUGGACCAGAAUGGGAGUCUUUCCACCCGAGGCAGACUGGGUAGCAUGGGUGCAAAAGUGACUGGAGGUUCGCUGAAACACACGGGCCAGCUGAUGAAAAUCGGUAAUAAAAAAGGAAAUAUGCUCCCUGUUUUCUGUGUGGUGGAACAUUUUGAAAGUCCCAUUGAGUAUGAAAGCAAAGAAGAACAUGCAGAGUUUGUUCUAGUACGGAAGGACAUGCUGUUUAAUCAGCUAGUAGAGAUGGCACUGCUUUCUCUUGGAUAUUCCCAUUGUUCUGCUGCGCAGGCUAAAGGCCUGAUCCAGGUUGGGAAGUGGAAUCCAGUCCCUCUCUCAUAUGUGACAGAUGCACCGGAUGCCACAGUAGCAGACAUGCUGCAGGAUGUGUAUCAUGUGGUCACACUGAAAAUUCAGUUACACAGUUGUCCAAAACUGGAAGACUUGCCACCUGAACAGUGGAUGCACACAACUGUUAGAAAUGCUCUGAAAGAACUACUGAAAGAAAUGAAUCAGAGCACACUGGCUAAGGAAUGUCCCCUCUCACAGAGUAUGAUUUCCUCCAUUGUAAACAGCACUUACUAUGCAAAUGUAUCAGCAGCAAAAUGUCAAGAAUUUGGAAGAUGGUAUAAACAUUUUAAGAAGACAAAAGAUAUGAUGGCUGAGAUGGAGACCAUGUCUGAACUAUCCGUUUCUCAGUCAGGAACAAACCAUAUAAAUUUUGGACCACCAUCAGUCCCUGGAAAUGGUACUGAACUGGCCCAGCCGCCAUCUCCUGUUCAGCUUCCGCACAGUGGACAGACCCCUGCCCGAUCCCAGCUUUCCAACCUGCACCCUGGACUUAUACCUGCACCACUUAGCCCACAGCUGGUCAACCAACAGCUGGUUAUGGCCCAGAUAUUAAAUCAACAAUUUGCUGUCAACAGACUUCUGGCACAGCAAUCCCUGAAUCAGCAAUAUCUGAACCACCCACCAGUCAACCGAACCAUGAACAAACCUUUAGAACAACAGACUUCGUCAAAUGCUGAAGUGUCUUCCGAAAUCUACCAGUGGGUUCGUGACGAGCUGAAGCGAGCAGGCAUCUCCCAGGCAGUGUUCGCUCGUGUGGCUUUUAACCGAACUCAGGGUCUGCUGUCUGAAAUCCUUAGAAAGGAAGAAGACCCAAAGAUGGCCUCACAGUCUUUGCUGGUCAACCUGAGGGCAAUGCAGAACUUUCUGAUCCUUCCUGAAGCAGAAAGGGACCGUAUUUACCAGGAUGAAAGGGAGAGAAGCCUCAAUGCAGCCUCAGGGAUGGGAUCUGCGCCUUUGAUAAGUUCUCCCGGUCGUCCUCAACAGGUCAAAACGUCCUCCAUUAUAACUGAAUGGAAUGGUAAAUCAGAAGGCUGUCCACUUAAUAUUAAUGCUUCCAUUUAUGAUGAGAUUCAGCAGGAAAUGAAGAGGGCCAAAGUGUCCCAAGCAUUAUUUGCUAAAGUUGCAGCAUCAAAGAGCCAGGGAUGGCUGUGUGAGCUUUUGCGCUGGAAGGAAGACCCAUCACCAGAGAAUCGGACGCUUUGGGAAAAUUUGUCAUUGAUUCGAAGGUUCCUGAACUUUUCUCAGGCUGAAAGAGAUGCCAUUUAUGAACAAGAGAGCAACUUAAUCCAUCACCAUGGAGACAGACCAACCCACAUUAUCCAUGUUCCAACAGAACCAAUACAGCAACAGUCAGCAGCACCCCGGCUUGCACCUAAGCAGCCCACGGCAUCACCAGCAGAAUCAGAAGAUGAGAGUCGCCAGAAGCCUAGAUCUCGCACUAAAAUAUCUGUAGAAGCCCUGGGGAUCUUGCAGAGCUUUAUACAAGAUGUGGGCCUGUACCCAGAUGAAGAAGCAAUUCAGACUCUGUCUGCUCAACUUGACCUACCCAGGUUUACCAUCAUCAAAUUUUUUCAAAACCAGCGUUACCAUCUAAACCAUCAUGACAAACUGAAGGACCAUGCUGGUUUGGAGGUAGAUGUGGCAGAGUAUAACAAAGAAGAGUUACUGAAGGACUUGGAGGACUCAGAGGAAAGUGAGGAAAACAAAAGUUCAAAGGAAAUAUUUUCAGUUAAAAUAGAAGAUACCUUGUCAGGAGAAGGGACAACAGAAAACAUAGAUUGUGAUCAGGAGCCAAAUGACUGACUCCUGAUUUCACAUUACAGUAGCUUAUCAUUUCUUUCCUCAACCUGUGCCACUAAUGUAAUUGUAUGAAAAACUGUCUACUUUCCUGCAUUAUUCAUCAGAAAGACCAAUUUGUCUUUACAAACUUGCACAAAACAAACCCCGAUAAACAAUCCCAGUAAAAGACUGAACAAUUUUCCUGUGGAUAAUGCAGACUGCACUAAGUUUUUCUUUUUUCAUGCAGACACGCAACAACAACAACUUGCAUUUAUAUAGCGCCCCUCAUACAGGGUAGCGUCCCAGAGCAGCUACAUAUGAAGUAUUUGGGAUCGUCUUGAACAUUUUUGUAAUUGCUGUUUACGGAUUAAUGACAGCUUCUGUGCACAGUACCAGCAGAGGAAACUGGCACUGUUUGUUAUUUGACUGUAUUGGCUGUCAAACAUAAAAUUCAGGAGCCUUCCGCAAAGCAUUACAGAUUACCUGGUUCUGAAUGGAUCAAACACUCCAGUUUCAAAUCGCCAUUCAUACCAGUGUGUUUUUUGCAAUUUACAAAAAAAAUCUGGCCUUUUAAAAAUUUUUAAAAAAUGUACAAGAGGAUAGUUUGCGCUUAGCUAUAUAUCAUAAAGUUGCAAAAAAAAUCCCUAUUCACUGCAGAGUGCAGUGUUAAUGGAAAAUAUGCCAAUAAUUGCCUUGUGUAAUAUGGCACUGCCAUCAUUCAAUUAUUCUGCAAAAGAGCAAUCACUGUAACUGUCUUGUCAUUACCUGAUUUUAAAAUGUGAAACACACCUUUUUUUAAUUUUGUGUAGUCUAGAUUAUUUAUUUUCAGAAAACUUGGCUUCAUGAUGUAAUUAAUUUUUUUGAAGUUUCUGUUACAUGUAACAUGCUUUUUCAUACUGACCUUUUCUAUUUAUAAAUGUAUUUUGAUGGGCAGUGAUACAAAGUGUCUUAAAAGUUUCAAUUGAAAAAUUGUGCUUUAAAAUUUGCCUAAACAAACUGCUGUAUGUUAUCAAAGCAAUUUCAUACCAUGGGCUUCACUCUUAAUGGUGUAUGCAAUUUUCUAUAUUAAUGUUAAAUCAUCAUGCAAACAACCAUAGGUCAAUAAAAAUAGAACAUGUUAGAUAACUUAUAAAAUUCACACAAAAAAUAGAUGUUUUGCAAUGUGUCUUCCUUCAGUUUACAAUGGAUUUGAAGCUUUUUCAGUAUAAAUUUCUGUAUGAAGAUUACAAGUGUAUCUUUUUUUUAUGAGUUAUCUUGCUAUGUGAAACUAUGAGAUCACAAAUUAUUUUGUUAAAUCUGACCAUGUUGGACCCUUUUUUAAAGCAUAUCACAAUUUUUCUUUAUGCAAAAAUGUUCAGAUAUGGAUGGUUAUUAAUUGUUAAUUGCACAAUUAAACUAUCUUUGUA